CCAAUGGUGACUCACCUCAAAAUGACGCAUCAUCCCAUCAGCUGUUUUUGUUUUGUUGUAUUAACGUUCUUAAUAACACAUUAAUAUCACAUUUGAAACUAGCGGACAACAGAUUAGCUAUCCCGGUAGAGCAGUUGGCGGUUUUUAAAACCCGUUCGGGAUAUUACUGUCGGCGGGUGAUGCGUGCUGUCCGGGGGAAGCUGGCAGGACAAGAUUCGGGUCCAUAAACUAAGAGUGCGACUAGUGCGAGCGUGGCGCUUGAUCGGGAAGCAGAGAAGGGGAAGCGGACUCCAGUGUUGAUCGUCCCCAAGCCCACGGCCUCCGACCUCGGAAAGGCCGGGGUCCGCCGCGAACUGGGCGGCUGAGAUGGAGUCCCAGGACGCGCCGGAGAGCCCCGGACUACACCGAGGCUUCAUCUGUGCCUCGUUCAACCAAGACACCACUUCCUUGUCUGUGGGCACCAAAACUGGUUACCGGCUCUUUUCUGUCACAGCGGUGGACAAACUGGAAUGCAUCCACGAGGGAGCGGAAUGUCCGGACAUCUACAUUGUGGAGCGGCUGUUCUCCAGCAGCUUGGUGGUGGUGGUCAGUCUGUCCAUGCCCAGGAGAAUGAAUGUUUACCACUUCAAGAAGGGCACAGAGAUCUGUAACUACAGCUACUCCAACAACAUCCUCUCUGUCAGGCUCAACAGACAGCGGCUUGUGGUAUGCCUGGAAGAGUCCAUCUACAUCCAUAACAUCAGAGACAUGAAACUGCUCAAGACCCUCCUCAACACCCCCGUCAACCCAUCAGGCUUGUGUGCACUUUCUGUCAACCAGAGUAACUCCUACCUGGCGUACCCCGGCAGUGCCACCAUGGGAGAGAUAACCAUCUACGAUGCCAACAACCUGAGCACAGUGACUCUGAUCCAGGCUCACGACAGCCCUCUGGCAGCCCUCACAUUCAACGCCUCUGGCUCUAAACUAGCCAGCGCAUCAGAGAAGGGCACUGUAAUCAGAGUCUUCAGCAUUCCUGAAGGUCAGAAGCUGUUUGAAUUUCGACGAGGGAUGAAGAGAUAUGUUAGCAUCAGCUCGCUGUCCUUCAGUGCAGACGCUCAGUUCCUGUGUGCGUCCAGCAACACGGAGACCGUCCACAUAUUCAAGCUAGAGCAGCACAGCCCCAGUCAAGACGAAGAAUCUCCAACAUGGUCAGCAUACGUUGGCAAAAUGUUCACCGCGGCCAGCACCUACCUGCCCACCCACGUGUCGGACAUGAUGCACCAGGACCGAGCGUUUGCCACUGUACGUCUCAACAUGUUUGGCUUGAAGAACAUUUGUGCUCUUGCUACAAUUCAGAAACUUCCCAGACUGCUGGCGGCGUCCUCAGACGGGUUUCUUUACAUCUAUAACGUGGAUCCCCAGGAUGGAGGCGAGUGUGUCCUCGUUCAGAAACACAGACUCUUUGAAACCAGCGGGGAGCAAGAUGAACCAGAGGAAGAAGAGAGCCCAGAGGAUGUCUGUCCACAGCCAGCCAGUCAGUCUUACGCCGCCACUGUGGCGCUCCCAUCGACCCCGCCAUCAUCCACCACUCUCAUAGGCUAUUCUGAAGACGGUGGAGCCCAGAAGGGAGAAGUUAUCCCAGAGCACGAACUGGCUGAAAGCCCCAUUUGUCUGGAUGACGAAAAUGAGUUUCCUCCAGUUAGUAGUAACUAACCAAACCUUCCCAGCGUCUCGUGAGCUUCUCCCAACCCCGCUUUAAUAUCAAACGUGUUAUUUAUUUUGAGCGGGGAAGACGCGUUCUCAACGUGUUGACGCGCUGUGGCACUAUUUUUGCUUUUUCGGGUCAAAAUCUUAGAAAUUUCCCGCUGUGUCUGUGUUUUCCGUUCACCCCUCUCACCAGGAGACCUCAUGAGAAGUGUUCACAGCAGACAGUUCAAAUAGAAAUGUGCUUUGUAAAAGCAUUAACAUCAGUGUUAGGUAGAUAUUUCUGAAAAUGAUUGCUUAAAGCAAGAAACCUUUACAGCACGUAACAUAACUGAAAGAGGCGAGAAGAUACCGCUGUGGGUGGAAGGCUGAGUCUUCAUGGGUUUAAUUUUUUUGAAUGAGCAGAAAGUCUGGAUUAAAUUUAGUAAUCUUAGUCUCUAUUCCUACUUCAUGACCUGAUUCAGGGGUCUGCAACAUCAGGCUAAUGCUUAUUAAAAAAAAAUAGAUUACUUAGCUAUUUCACACAGGAUGUAUUUUAUUUUGAAAGGAACUUGGAUUGUGCUGCUGUAAAAUAAAUUCAAAUGGUUAUAAAUACAUAGAGCACAUUUUAACACAGUUAUAAUUCAAUUAUUUUAAAUAUUUAACAGCUAAAUUUUAUGAAUGAGAGGCUUAGUGGCCACAAAAAUAUAAAAAACUGUAAUUUAGUUUGGUCCAGAACCUGGCCCAAAUGGCUUUUUCUAGUGUUAAAAGGUUGCAGACCCCUGACUUUAUUUAACCCAAAGGUUAAAUAACUCCAUUAAAGAUUUUCCAGAUUUUUUUUAUUAAAGAAGAUGAUCCUACAUUGGAUGUAGAUCUUUGCACAUUUCCUCAUAUGCAGUAACUGUAACUCGGGGUUACUGCUGAUUGUGUGUCCAUCCAGCAUAUUAGUUUCCAAAGAUUCUUCCCGAUUUCUCUCAGGAUGACUUUAAUUUGAGGAUAUUUCCCAUUUUCCCUCGGGACCUGCUCACUUGAGACACUUUUAAUUAGCGUAUUUGGGUUGAGAAAGAUGUUUAAAAGGUUUGAGUGAAAGAUUUCCGUUUUGUAAGAUUUUAAGUCCACUGAAGAAAAGCAUUUUUAAUUGCGCAAACCUUCAAUUCAAAUCUAAAUAGGGUUUUGACGUCAUCUGUCAACCAAACAAAUUCUCCUUCCUUCCAGUGGAUAUAGUUUUGACAACAUUUCUGAUUAUUUCAAACACAAACUCCAGCAAUCCGUUACUUUUACCUGAUUUAGGUAUUUAAAGAAGGUAAUAGCUGUUCAUGAAGAUUUGAGAUGACGUUUAUAGCAUAAUCACACUAUUUCAUUUUAUAUCUCAUACUAAGUGCCGUAGGUGAGAAAAUACAUCUAAAAAAGGCCCAUUGUCUGCACAGAUAAAGCUCAUCGUGCACACAAACAUCCCAGUCUAAGGUCACCUGAUAUUUGCAGACCAUGCUCAGUAAAUUGUGGCUGUUGCAAAAAGUUUGAGAAGAUUCCCAUUUUUUAUUUUCGUUUGGGUGUGUCAUGUUGGAUAAAUCUGGUCAGUCUGGGUUUACCUGGUGGUUGCACAGGAUGCUUACUAACUUUAGUUCACUCACAGUUUAGGGAGAUUUUGUUCAAACAGUGAAGAAAACCGGCACAUUUGUUUCAGAGCCAGUUUAGAAUUCACGAAAAAUAUUUCCCAAAAAACUAUGAAGAUGGUGCCAUAAAUCAGGGCUGCUCAUUCCUGGUCCUGGAGAUCUACCACCCUGCCUGUUUUCCAGCUCUCCCUGCACUGCUUGCUGCUGAUGACCCGGACCAGGUGUGUUCAUUCAAUCAGAAUGUGGAGUCAUCUGAUGGAGCUAAUCAGCAGCUAGCAGGACUUGGAGAUCUGGAAAACAGUCAGGGUGGUAGAUCUCCAGGACCAGGAAUGAGCAGCCCUGCCAUAAAUCAUUUCCACAAAUCCAGAAUUCUGAUCUGAACACAGAGUGACGUGUCUGACCCAAAAUUUAGAAAAAUAAAUCUAUCUAACCUCAGAGCUAAACUUUCAUAAACUCACAGGUUUCAAGUAUUGAAUAAUUACAAGUUUCUUUAUUUUAUAUUUUACUUUUUGAACUUCACAUUCUGAUGAUGCUCAUUUCUACAAACUGGAGUAAAAAAAAAGUGAAGGUUUUAUAAACUUUACAGCCUAUAAAUGCCUGUAAAUCACCUCGGUAACAGCUAUAAGAUCAAGUUCAUAGGUCAUCAUAUAAAAAAGAAGGAUAUUUAGCAACAAAAAAAGUGAGAUAUAGUCAAAUUUGAAGCAAAAUUAGAGGUUUCAGUCUCUGAGGAAAAGAACAUCCAGAAGCUUUUAGACCUAUGAGUAGGGUGGGGAUGGAAGACGUGUCAUACCUCAUAAAGGUCGAAUAAAAAUGCAUAAAGCAUCAUUCAAAUUGUGACACAUUUCGACGUUCUGAAGCAGCUAUGAUGCUAACUCUUGUAGCAGCAGAUGUGAAAACGGAAGUCGCAAAGGUAACUUGAUGUGUCUGGAAGAGCAGCAAAUGGCAAAGUUACAGGUCCUUCCAUUUCAGUAAUACUUUGAGGACUUUUUUAUAUUUACCGAAUGAAUAUUGAAAAUAUAAAUCAUAGUUAUUUUUACGUUUGACGUAUCAAAUAUUCCCGUCAAAACAAGUAUUACACAUCCACACAUACUUACUGCAUAUAAGUAAUUUAUAUCGAGGGUUUGUAUUGUAUGUAUAUAACAUUUCUAUAAUGUACUUGUGUAGUACAAAAACUAGAUAACAAUGUGACUUGCCAAAAGAUAGCAAUGAUAGUACACCUUUGAGCUGUGUUUAUCCAUUCAGUACAGAACUUUUAAAGCAGAUACCCAAUAAAAUGUCAUGAAACUUU